AUGAUGAGAGCUGGAAGGAUGAUGAAGGUAGCUGAUGAAAUGACAAAGUUCAAGAUAGAGUUGAUUGCUCUCCAGGAAAUACGAUGGCACGGAAGUGGAAAAAUAGAGAAAAAAGAUUUCUCAGUGUUGUAUAGUGGACCAGAAUACAGAACAGGGCAAGGUGGAGUGGGCUUCAUGAUUGGGAAAAAGCUCAAAUCAUCUAUACUAGGUUUCUACCCUGCAGGCAGCAGACUGUGCCGAAUAAGAAUCAAAGGCAAAUUUAGGAAUAUAUCAAUAGUUUCUGUGUAUGCACCAACUGAGGAGGGGGAUGAAAAUGAAAAAGAUAGUUUCUAUGAAGCUUUAGAGAGGGAAUGCAGAAUGGUACCCAAACAUGACAUGCUGAUAGUGAUAGGAGACUUGAAUGCCCAGAUUGGGAAAGAAGAUUUUCUGAACACAGUGGCAGGCAAGUGCACCAUACAUGAUGUAACAAAUGAGAACGGUUAA